CCCUUUUAUUUGUUCUUAAAAAAUGCAACGAGGGUAAAUGAAACCGACAGACCUUCUCGUCCGACUCCUUCCGCUGAUGACUAGUGAUUGCUCUCGUCUUUUGAGUGAAGCACGAAAAGAGGCUGGCCGACUUGGUGCAUUGCGUAAGCGCAGACCAAUGGCAGGCGGAGCCAGUGAGACUGUACGCUCUCUCAGCUCUCGCUCCCGCACGCAGCUUUUGGGUUCGUCAGGUGUUCUGAAGGCGGAGAACAGAACGGAAGCUCAUUCCCGGCAGUCAGCCACUUCCCGAUUCCGCACGAUUGAACCUUUGGACACGCCACACCGUUUCACCCUGUCAAAUGAGUUUCUCCGUUCGUUGGGCUGGUGGUCCUAGAGAGCACCUGCUACUAAUGGACAACUGGAUGCGGGAUUUUUAAAGUUUGUUGUUCUGGGUGAAGCGAACGUUAAAACAAAAACAAAAAGUGCUUUCCGACAUUGUGUUUCAAUCUGCAAGCAACGACUCCCAAACAGGAUUAUUAAGUUUCACGCGGGAGCCCUCACAGCUAAAGGGUUGUAUUGGCGUACCACCUCCGAACCACACCCGCUCUUUUGCUGCUUGUUAGUCAACGCAUUUCCACCAAAUCAACACCUUCCGCUCCGUUUCCGUUGCACAAAAAGCGGAUCAGGUCUCCAGGCUGGAACAAAUGGAAGGCUCGGAUAUUAUGCUGACUAUCUUUUUGAUCGGCCUGGGUACCCUCUUUUGGGUCGGCCUAAUGGCGGUCGGCUGUUACUGCCUCCACCUACGUCGCAAGCGGCUCCGCUCGCAUCGCGCCAAUCUCGAGGAGGAGGAGAUUAUUUUGCCCGUUCCCAAGAGCCAGCAGCAAUAUUAUGCCAUGGCCAGCCAUGCGUCGUCAUCUUCCGGAUUCACCCGCAAACUCAGAAAUCUCGGUGGUAUUGGAUUCCGCUCGCCCCUCAUCCGCACACGUUCCGUCGGAGCCCAACUCGAUGCGGGAGUCAGUGCGACUCUGCCGCUGUUGACGUCGCGGCCGGCUACGGCCACCGCGACGGCCUCCGCCUCGACCACAUCGACGCCCGUUAACGGCCGGCGAGGCUCCGAUCGUCUCAGGACGGCGGGAAAUUUGAACAUCGGAGCGAGGGCGGUGUCUACAUCCAACAGUUCGACUAACGGCGGACCGUCGGGCAAUGGAAACGCAGUCGGAAAUGGGGCAGCCAACAGCCACUCGCCUGGAGGUUCGGUCCUGGGCGCCGUAGGUGGACCUGUCUCGUCCCUGUCGCCCACCUCGUCCCCAGCGCCGUCCUCUGCAAUGAAUAAGAGCAUUGCCGGCCAGAAACAGGAGCAUCCAUCGAUGGCCUUUUGGCAGAAUCGUUCCAUAUCCCUGGUGGACAUGUACAUCGACAAUUCGGAGCCGACGGAGAACGUUGGCCAGAUCCACUUCAGCCUCGAAUACGAUUUCCAGAACACGACUCUCAUUCUCAAAAUCAUGCAGGGCAAGGAUCUGCCGCCAAUGGACAUGGGCGGCACGUCAGACCCUUACGUACGUGUCACCCUGUUGCCGGACAAGAAGCACCGGCUAGAGACCAAGAUCAAGAGAAGGACGCUCAACCCACGCUGGAACGAGACAUUCUACUUUGAAGGAUUCCCCAUCCAGAAAUUGCAAAGCCGAGUACUGCACCUGCACGUCUUCGAUUACGACCGAUUCUCACGUGACGAUUCGAUUGGUGAAGUCUUUCUGCCUCUUUGUCAGGUGGAUUUUUCGGAGAAGCCCGUCUUCUGGAAGGCACUCAAACCGCCGCUAAAAGACAAAUGCGGUGAAUUGCUCGUCUCCCUUUGUUACCAUCCCACUAAUUCGACGCUGACUUUGAUCGCCCUUAAAGCCCGCAAUCUCAAAGCGAAGGACAUUAACGGCAAAUCGGAUCCUUACGUCAAGGUGUGGCUCUACUUUGGCGAAAAGCGGGUCGAGAAACGUAAGACGCCCGUCUACAAGUGCACCCUGGAGCCGGUGUUUAACGAGACGUUCACCUUCAACGUGCCGUGGGAAAAGAUCCGCGAAUGUUCCUUAGACGUGCGCGUCAUGGAUUUCGACAACAUCGGCCGCAACGAACUCAUUGGCCGCAUUUCCCUAACUGGUAAGAACAGUACGGGUGCCUCGGAGACCAAACAUUGGCAAGAUAUGAUCACGAAGCCACGUCAGGCCGUGGUCCAGUGGCACCGUUUGAAACCAGAAUGAAGCAAUUGUGGGGCGGUGGACGUGCGCAAGCCAAUUGACGAAUGAAACGGAAGAAAAGAAACAAAAGGCAUGAACACACACAAAUCAUGACACAAAUCUUCUAUACACUUUCAGUUUUUUUGUUUUCUAGUUUAUUCUUUAUUUCAAACGACCUCAUAAAAAGCGUCUUACGAUCUAUUUUGUUGAUCGAAAUGGCUUCGUUCACGACUCAAGACUGAAAUUCGCCGUGCAACGGAUAUUAAAAGAGAAGAUUGGCAAAUUUUGUUUCUUUCUAGUAUGGUUGCCCGUCUUUCUUUUUGUUCACUUUGAGCUUUUUCUUCGUUUGAAAUGGUUUUUCUUUUACAAACCAAAAACGGGGGUGGGGGGGAGGAAAUAUUGACGACAUUUCUGUCCUUUUACGGUCGUAUUAUUCUUUUUAUUUUUGCUACGUUAGAGCAAGACUUUGUCGAGAUGACAUCCCUUCACUAUGAUCAAUUAAAAACACACACAAAAAAAGAUGAUCUGAUUUAACCAAGAGAAAAAAAAGAACUAUUGAUAUGAAAAAUGUAUUUGUCGACAGAAAGAAGAAAAAGAAGACAUAAUAGUGACAAAAGUAUAUUUAUCAAAUCAUCCCAUAUAUGCACGGUGACAAAUUUAUACAUUUAGUGUGUGUGCGUGUGUGUGACUUGUUGCCAACGUCGACUGUAGAUUUGAUUUUCGUCUUUUAUGUAUUAUUGACUGUGGAUUAUUAUUAUAAUUUUUUUUUUUAUAUACCGAAAAAAAAAUAAUCAAGUUACUAGCAAAACACUACAAAAAUGCUACCAGAACCCCUUUUCCACUCUAGAAAUCCUUGGGCCCAUCUUUAAUUUUCGGUUCAAUUCUUCUGUUCAUUUUUAUUAAAUAUUAUUAUUGCUCGUUGGAUCUUCUGUCGUGAAGUAGUUUCUACCACACGAAAUCCCACCCGCGCCCUCGUUGCCCUUAGUCUCUCGUCUCAUCUUUCGCUUUCCUACGUCUGUCGUGUCUGAACGAUGCGAUGACAAAAUUGAUCCUCUGUGUUUGUAUCCCCUGUUCAAUGUAUAGAGAAAACCCAUCCAUAACCUUUCAUACCAGAAAUUGAAGAAAAGAGAUGAAGAAAUACACAAAAAUUAUACCAUGUAAA